AUGAAGUGCGAUCAAAUUUAUAAAUCCAUGCGAAUUUCUUUAAUCAUUUUAAUAGUUUCGCUAUUUGUGAGUGGCUCUCAAAUAGAGGAUAGUAUCGAAGAAGAGACGGUAGUUGAAGAUUUCUAUAUAUGCCGCACCUGUGGGAAAGAUGUUAGCGUAGUGAAUCUUGCAUUCGACAAAUACAGCCCAUUGGCACUUAGUGCCACAAAUCACACAUUCACCGAAACGAGGUCCGUUUUGGUACAAGAAGUUCAAAAUCCGCUUGGCAUCAGGUUUCAUAUUUUCCUAGUGAAACAAGCCACCUGUUCGAAGGUCCAACCGUGGACCUUAAAAUCGACCUGGUUUCCUGGCUAUGCUUGGAAGGUGUGUAUGUGCCCCAAGUGUCACACCGUGCUUGGGUGGAUGUUUGAACCCGUAGAGAGCGCCACGGAAGAACAAACUUUUCCUUCGGAAGCAGGAUUUUACGCCCUUAUCUUCCAAAAUAUAAUCACAGAAGGAUACGUGAACUCCUUGCUUAUGAAAGAAAAAGCACUUCGUGACAACUGACAUCCUACAGUGAAGUAAUCAUGGUUGACCCAAAAAGACACAUAAACGUUCUUUCGCCGGAGGAACAAUCGUUCCUAGAUGAAUGCGAGAACGAAUUUGCCGGUCGGUUUACUGAUCUUGACGAGGAAUUCAUG